AUGGCUUCUGAAUCUGAAACCUUGAAUCCCAGUGCUCGAAUAAUGACCUUCUACCCGACUAUGGAGGAGUUCCGAAACUUCAGUCGUUACAUUGCUUAUAUUGAAUCCCAAGGAGCUCAUCGGGCUGGACUGGCUAAGGUUGUUCCUCCAAAGGAGUGGAAGCCACGAGCCUCCUAUGAUGAUAUUGAUGACCUGGUUAUUCCUGCCCCCAUCCAGCAGCUGGUGACGGGGCAGUCUGGCCUCUUUACUCAGUACAACAUACAGAAGAAAGCCAUGACUGUGCGAGAGUUCCGCAAGAUAGCCAACAGUGAUAAGUACUGUACCCCACGCUAUAGUGAAUUUGAAGAGCUUGAACGAAAAUACUGGAAAAAUCUCACGUUCAAUCCCCCAAUCUAUGGUGCAGAUGUGAAUGGCACUCUCUAUGAAAAGCAUGUAGAUGAGUGGAACAUUGGCCGGCUGAGAACCAUCCUGGACCUGGUGGAAAAGGAGAGUGGGAUCACCAUCGAGGGUGUGAAUACCCCGUACCUGUACUUCGGCAUGUGGAAGACAUCCUUCGCCUGGCACACAGAAGACAUGGACCUGUACAGCAUCAAUUACCUGCACUUCGGGGAGCCCAAGUCCUGGUACUCCGUCCCGCCCGAGCACGGAAAACGGCUGGAGCGCCUGGCCAAAGGCUUUUUCCCAGGCAGUGCUCAAAGCUGUGAGGCUUUUCUCCGCCAUAAGAUGACCUUGAUUUCUCCUUUAAUGCUGAAGAAAUAUGGAAUUCCCUUUGACAAGGUGACUCAGGAAGCUGGAGAAUUUAUGAUCACUUUCCCUUACGGCUACCAUGCUGGCUUUAACCAUGGCUUCAACUGUGCCGAGUCCACCAACUUUGCCACCCGGCGUUGGAUCGAGUAUGGCAAACAAGCUGUGCUGUGCUCCUGCAGGAAGGACAUGGUGAAGAUCUCCAUGGACGUGUUUGUGAGGAAGUUCCAGCCAGAAAAGUACAAGCUCUGGAAAGCUGGGAAGGACAGCACCGUCAUCGACCACACUCUGCCCACGCCAGAAGCAGCCGAGUUUCUUAAGGAGAGUGAACUGGCCCUGAGAGCCCGGAAGGAGGAGGAGUGCCCAGAGGAGGAGGACACGGAGGGGGUGGAGGAUGGAGAGGAGGGCGACCUGAAGAGGAGCCUGGCCAAGCACCGGAUCGGGACAAAGAGGCACCGCAUUUGUCUUGAAAUCCCGCAGGAGGUGAGUCAGAGCGAGCUCUUCCCCAAGGAGGAGCUGGUCUCCGGACAGUACGACAUGGUGGAGUGCCAGGCCGCCCUCGCUCCCGUGAGGCCCACCCACAGCUCCGUGCGCCAGGUUGAGGACAGCCUCAGCUUCCCAGAUUAUUCUGACUCCACUGAAGUCAAAUUUGAAGAGCUUAAAAAUGUCAAGCUGGAAGAGGAGGAUGAGGACGAGGAAGAGGAGCACGAAGCAGCCGCCUUGGACCUUUCUGUGAACCCAGCUUCUUUCGGGGGACGCCUCGUCUUCUCAGGCUCCAAAAAGAAAUCGUCUUCCAGCCUGGGCUCCGGUUCUUCACAGGAUUCUGUCUCUUCUGAUUCCGAAACCAGUGAGCCUCUGUCCUGCCAAGCCCAGGGGCAGACAGGUGUCCUCACAGUGCACAGCUAUGCCAAGGGGGACGGCAGGGUCACCUCGGGAGAGCCGUGCGCCAGGAAGAAAGGGGGCACCACCCGGAGCAUCAGUGAGAGGGAACUGGCCGAGGUUGCAGAUGAAUAUAUGUUUUCCCUGGAAGAGAGUAAGAAGUCCAAGGGCCGCCGUCAGCCCUUAAGCAAGCUCCCCCGCCACCACCCGCUCGUGUUGCAGGACUGCGUCAGCGAUGAUGAGCUAUCAGAACAGCUGACCCCCGAGGAGGAGGCUGAGGAGACAGAGGCCUGGGCCAAGCCCCUGAGCCAGCUCUGGCAGAACCGACCUCCAAAUUUUGAGGCUGAGAAAGAGUUCAACGAGGCCAUGGCCCAGCAGGCCCCUCACUGCGCCGUCUGCAUGAUCUUUCAGACUUACCAUCAGGUGGAGUUUGGAGGUUUUAGUCAGAGCUGCGGCAGCGCUCCAGAUUUGGCCCCCCAGACGCAGAGGACCAAGCCAUUGAUUCCAGAAAUGUGCUUCACCUCGACUGGCUGCAGCACGGACAUCAACCUGUCCACCCCUUACCUGGAGGAGGACGGCACCAGCCUUCUGGUGUCCUGCAAGAAGUGCAGUGUCCGGGUCCACGCCAGUUGCUACGGGGUACCCCCUGCAAAGGCUUCUGAAGACUGGAUGUGUUCUCGGUGUUCAGCCAAUGCCCUGGAAGAGGACUGCUGUUUGUGCUCGUUACGAGGAGGAGCCCUGCAGAGAGCCAACGACGACAGAUGGGUCCAUGUCUCUUGUGCGGUGGCGAUUCUGGAAGCAAGAUUUGUCAACAUUGCAGAAAGAAGCCCAGUGGAUGUGAGCAAAAUUCCCCUGCCCCGCUUCAAACUGAAAUGUGUCUUCUGUAAGAAACGGAGGAAAAGAACUGCUGGCUGCUGUGUGCAGUGUUCUCACGGCCGUUGCCCAACUGCCUUCCACGUGAGCUGCGCUCAGGCUGCAGGUGUGAUGAUGCAGCCAGAUGACUGGCCUUUCGUUGUCUUCAUCACCUGCUUCCGGCACAAGAUCCCUAAUUUGGAGCGUGCCAAGGGGGCCUUGCAGAGCAUCACUGCAGGCCAGAAGGUCAUUAGCAAGCACAAGAACGGGCGCUUCUACCAGUGUGAGGUGGUAAGGCUCACCACUGAGACCUUCUACGAAGUCAACUUUGAUGACGGCUCCUUCAGCGACAAUCUCUAUCCUGAGGACAUAGUGAGUCAGGACUGUCUCCAGCUGGGUCCUCCUGCUGAAGGGGAAGUAGUCCAGGUGAGAUGGACAGAUGGCCAAGUCUAUGGAGCCAAGUUUGUGGCCUCCCACCCCAUCCAGAUGUACCAGGUGGAGUUUGAGGAUGGCUCACAGCUUGUGGUUAAGAGAGAUGACGUGUACACGCUGGAUGAAGAGCUUCCCAAGAGAGUCAAGUCUAGACUGUCAGUAGCCUCAGACAUGCGCUUCAAUGAGAUUUUCACGGAGAAAGAGGUUAAGCAGGAGAAGAAACGACAACGAGUUAUCAACUCAAGGUACCGGGAAGAUUACAUCGAGCCUGCACUAUACCGGGCCAUCAUGGAGUAG